AUGUCUACAACUACAUUAAAUCUCGAUCACUGUAUCGAAAAGUUACAGAAAUGUGAGAUACUUUCAGAGUCUACCAUCAAAGAGAUAACAGAUAGAAUGAAAGAGCUUUUAAUCAACGAAACAAACGUACAAUCUAUAAAAGCACCUGUCACUGUUGUUGGUGAUGUUCAUGGUCAAUUUUAUGAUGUUUUAGAGAUAUUCAAGAUUGGAGGUAAAUGUCCAGAUACCAAUUACCUGUUUUUAGGUGAUUAUGUAGAUAGAGGUUAUCAUAGCGUUGAAACUAUUUCUUUAUUAUCAUGUUUAAAGUUGAGAUAUCCAUCAAGAAUUACAUUAUUAAGAGGAAAUCAUGAAUCAAGACAAAUUACACAAGUCUAUGGAUUCUAUGGAGAAUGUUCAAGAAAGUAUGGUAAUGCCAACGUGUGGAGAUAUUUUACAGAGAUGUUUGAUUAUUUGCCUGUGGCAGCUAUCAUCGAUGAUAGCAUAUACUGUGUACACGGUGGUUUGUCGCCAUCGGCAUUGUCAAUCGAUCAGAUUCGUGUAUUAGAUAGAUUCCAAGAGGUACCACACGAAGGCCCAUUGGCAGACUUGAUGUGGUCUGAUCCAGACCCCGACCGCGAUGGAUUUGUCGAGUCUCAAAGAGGCGCCGGUUACACAUUUGGUCAAGACACGGUCGCCAAAUUCCUCAAGAUCAACAAGAUGGAACAUAUACUAAGAGCACAUCAACUCUGCAUGGAUGGGUAUCAAGUACUUUUCGGUGGAAGGUUAUCAACCAUUUGGUCGGCACCGAACUACUCUUACCGAUGUGGUAAUAUGGCUUCAAUCAUGGAAGUCAACGAAUCCCUCGAACGUUUCUUUAAUACUUACAGCGCAGCUCCAGAAAGUUUACAUAACAAACCUGCUCAAGAUACUACUAAAGAGUUACCAGAUUAUUUCCUUUAA